GUUAUGGCAGGUGUAGUUGGUCUGAAAAUGCCGCGUUACGGUCUUUUCGGCGAUACCGUUAACAUUGCGUCACAUAUGCAAACAAAUGGAAUGGCAAAUCAUAUUCACAUUAGCAGAGAUUGUUAUCUAGUUUUGUCGGAAUUUGGAAAAUUUUCAAUGCUGUCACGUGGUAGAAUCAAUAUAAAGGGAAAACAAAUGAUGGAGACGUAUUGGCUAAUGGGGCGUGACGACUUUAGUCGAAUCAUCAAUAUAGACGAUAUCCAGUCGAUUAGUACAACUGGUGUAAAAGUCCAUGAGCAUCGUUACAAACACAUGUACGACCAAGUGUGCACGGGUAGGAUCCAAGUGCGUGAUACGUUGUCAUCUUUAAUGACGUGUAAUUUAUGAAAAGAACAUGCGAGUGUUCGCAAUUUCCGCACAAGUGUUUUUAAGCACUAGUGGAUUUACAUUCUCGUGUGUCUUAAAUUCAGGUUUCGCGGAGGAAUAAGAGGAUAUUAGAUAUUUUGUAAAUAUUCAAGACUUAAGAUUUAAGAUUCAUUUAUUGACACGUCUAUUAAAAAAUACAGAUUAUAAAAUGGAAAUUCGUUGUUUGGAUACAAGAACAUUUAAAAUAGUAAACAAAACACAAAGUAUAUAAUAACAUUGAUAAUUGCAUAAUAAAUAAAAUAUUGUGGCAUGAAAUACAUACAAAGAUAUUCUAAGACAUUGAAAGGGUGGCAUGCGAUUUUGAAUUUACUAAACUGGGGAAAACUUUGGAUGCCUUAAGGCCUAAUACAAAUUGAAGCUCGUAAUUUAUUAGCCAUCCUUGAGUUCUUUUUAAAACUGAGGCCAAGAAUCUAGAUGCUAGAUUAUUUGAGAAAAGGCAAUACAAUAUAAUUAUCACUGUAGGUGUAGAAUACCGGGAUCAUUCAUGUUGAUGGUACAGGUACUGACUAUGAUGUAGGCUUAUGUGUAACCUUACUGUAUGACGUCAAAAGUGUAGUCUUUCAUUGGUAAA